GAGAUCAGUCUGCUUAUGAAUUUUGUUGGUGUACCGUCCAUCGUGAAAAUAUAUUUAAAAAGAAGAAAAAAAAGAUAAUAAUGUGCUUGUUUUCUAUCGUUGGCUCUCACCCACAAAUAUUCACACUCUAAUUAAUUUAAUUUUACUUCAACACUCUCAAUAAAGCUUGAAUAUCAUAAUCUAAAAAUAUAAUAUUAAUAAAGAAAAGAAAAAUAUUUGAAGAUUUUUCUUUCCUCUGAUCGUGUGUGGCAGGUCUUUUUUUUUUGAGGAAAGAAUAACCACUGUUGCAGUGUGUGAAGAAAGUUUAAUUUUACAUCAUAUUUUUUUUUAUUAUACUUUUGUGUCUAUACAUAAAUUAUAACACCAGAAAUAUCAGAAUGUGGAUCAUAUUUUAUGGAUUAGUGGAAAUUAUCUUGUAUUUUUGGUUCAUUUUUAUUGCACUCGAUAUGUUUGAGCUGUACAUUGUUGGUGGUAGUUCAAGGCAUCGUAGAAGACUGUACCGUCACGGAUAUCCGACCACAAGUCAUUUAUUGCAAUAUCUGGCCAGAUUGCCAGUAACACAAUCACCUCUGUUGGACGGUAGACUCCUGAGACGUGCUCUUAGGAAUGGACAAUCUAUAAAUGAUAUUGUGCAGCAGCAACAAGAUAAUAUAGGUUAUUUGUAGCAUAAAAAAUUACGCGAUAUCGUUAGAGCAUUUAUUGAGGAAGGAGUACAAGGAAAUUCAGUGACGACAGAGAGAUAGUAGCAUUUGAUAAGAUUAACCUUCACAUUGACGUAUUAUAAACAUAAAGCUCAUUGCGCACAACUACAAAAUAGUAAAUUGACACACAUUCGGAAGUUAGCAAUAAUAAUAUUUUAUUUUAAUUUUUUUUUUUAAAUAACAAAAAUAAUAAUUGCAAGAAAAUAUUGUAUAUUUGUGGUUUUUGGAGAAAUCUCCAUUGAUAGUGGACAUACAACAUAGAAUAGUGUUUUUAUUGCAUGUGAAGAAAAUUUUUUACAUGAACUCUCUCUCUCUCUCUUGCAUUGAAAAAUAAGUGAGAUUGCAUUGAAGUGAAUUGUCCUUGUCCUUGCCAAGUGUGUGUGUUGUCAAUUAGCUUCAUAAAGAGAAGAAAAAAAAUAAGAUUGAAGCACGGUGUUGAGCAAUGUUCUCAUUCCACAAACCAAAAGUCUACCGCUCAACGCAGGGAUGCUGCAUCUGCAAAGCCAAAUCCAGCAGUUCUCGCUUCACGGACUCAAAGAAGUACGAGACGGAUUUCAUAGAGUGUUUCCAACUGACGGCUCCACGAAAGGGUGAAAUUUGCAAUGCUUGUGUUCUUCUGGUGAAGAGAUUCAAGCGUCUUCCGCCGGGCAGUGAACGUCACUGGGGUCAUGUGGUGGAUGCCAGGGUGGGACCAGGAUUGAAGUCCAUGACGAAAUUUAAGAAGCGCAAGGAGGAAUCCUUGCAGCAGCAACAGAAGCAGGAACAGAAGGUGAAGGAUACUAAGGUGAGUCAAUCUGUUGAGGGAGAGACAACACAUAGAAUUGGAUCGGCUCAGCGUUUCUGUAAGAUCUUCAAGAAGAACAAGAAGAAAAAGACGACCAAUGGGGAGAGUUUAUUGGGAGGAGGGGGUGGAGGAGGAGGAGGUAGUGGAGGUGGAGGAGGAAGUCAUGGAUCAUCGGAUGAUGUGUCAUCACCGUCGAGUCCACUGUCAUACGGGAGUGAUGGGGAGGAUAGUGCUUUGAAGGCAAGAAAGAGGGCAGCAAUGGGGAGUUUCGAUAAUCUCAAGACUUUUGUCACAAAUGAAUUCACAAAUGGAUACAGGGAAGAUGUAUCGGGAAAUACAAUUGGACGACGGACGUUAAUGCGAAAAAAUUACUGUCCGGUGAAGAAUCGAAAGGGGAAGUUAGAGGGGGUACUGGAGGAGAUCCGGGAAGAUGGGAUGUGGGCAAAAGUGCAAAUGUGCUGUGGGCCAGUUUAUGAAAAUAAAGAUCUCUCUGCCAUUAUUGUUGAUGUGACCAAUAUGAAGAUUUGUGGUAGUCAUCAGGCCAUCACAACAGCUACAACAAGUCGGAAGAUUCCGAUGAAUUUGGGUGCGUUGGCUAUCAAAAAGCACCAUCAUCAUAUGUUCUCAUCAUCAACGAAGGUUAGAGGGGGUGGUAAUCUCAUGGAUUUUGCCACAAUGACACAGCCAAAGGCCGUGGAUGUGAUGAAAUGCAAUCAAUUGAGUUGUCCAACAUUGGCGCCAAGUGUUGGAGCUUUGGGCAAACUAAAGGGAUCUGAUGGUAUUGGGGGAAAGGUGGCAAAAGUCAAGGAGUACAAUUUUGUGAAGAAUAUUGUAAAGAUAUGCAAUGAGACCAAGACACCAACCAGCAAAGUGAAGACAUUGGAGAAAAUCUUGAGUGCGACUGAGAAUCUCGGUAAUAAAUUCAGUGAUAAUUCAUCGGAUUCGGGCUAUGAGGAAUUGCCAAAUAUUGUAGAGACGAAGAAUCCAAUGAUUGCUGCUGUACGGAAUAGUGUAAUGCAGAAUAGCAUGAUUAUUGGCAUGAAUCAAAUUGCUCUGCCGCAGACACAGCCAAUUUCUUCAACUACAUUCAAACGAUCUCCCGGAAGAAUACAUACUGAUCGUGUGGAAACUGUCAUCUAUGCAAGAACGGCUCCAAUCAAUAAAAAUUCAGUGGGGACGUAUUAGAUAAAUAAAUCAAUGAAUAAGAAGAAGAUAAAUCUCUACUAAACAAAACAAAAAAAACAUAGAUUCUCAAAGAAAAGAAGAGAGAGGAAAAACACAUAAUUAUAAAAUAAUCAACUUAUAAAUUUUAACACAAAUUUUAUCUCUUUCAGUAUUUAACAACAAAAAUUAUUUUGUGUCUUAAAUUCAGCAAAAACAAAAAAAACAAUUGUAUUUAUAGAAAAUGCUGAAGAAAGGAUAUGAAAAAUAUUAAGGUUUUAAAUAAAAAUUAUUAGUUUUAUUUUGAGUGAGAUAUUAGGAAUUAUUAUAUUAUAUAUAUUUGACAAAAAAGGCAAAAUAAAAAAAACAUGCAGCCGG